GAGGACACUGCUGCUGGAGUCAGGGCCCAUCCCGUGCAGGACGCGGUCCCUCGAGCUCCUGAGUGUCCCUGCACGGCUGUCUUCACCCUGCUGUCCCAGAUCUCGGGGCCAGCUGCAGCCACUGGAGCCCUGAGAAGGCCCACAGCGCUGGCCUGGCCCCGGCCCUCAGGCCCCGCGGCUGCCCCUGCCUCACGCCUCCCUGUCUCCACAGAGGAGCUGGAGCUGCUGCUACAGGACGGCCAGAGGCGCGUGCGGGCCCGGCGCGGCCUCGCCCAGGGCCUGGCCUGGGGUCCGUUCCCGGGGAGCAUCCAGACGGCGGCCUCGUCCCCCCGGCAGGCAGAACUGGAUGGAGCCCUGCCCCUGCUGAGGGUGGACGAGGCCUGCUGGCUGAAGACGCUGCCCCAGGCCCUGACCCAGGCCGAAGCCAACUCUGAGAUCUACAGGAAGGACGAAGCCCUGUGGUGCAGGGUCACCAAGCCGGUGCCCGUGGGUGGGCUCCUGAGCGUGUUCCUCGUGGCCGAGUGCUGCCGCAUCCCCAGCCACCCCGUGAAGAAGGAGCCCACAGAGCCCCAGGGCCCGGUCCCCACGCCCAGCGACAUCCGGCUGCUGCCCCAGCAGGCCGGCAUGGCGUCCAUCCUCGCCACAGCCGUCGUCAACAAGGACGUGUUCCCCUGCAAGGACUGCGGCAUCUGGUACCGGAGCGAGCGCAACCUGCAAGCCCACCUGCUCUACUACUGCGCCAGCCGGCAGGGCGGCUCCCCGGCUGCGGCCGCCGCCGACGAGAGGCCCAAGGAGCCCCACCCCAACGAGCGCGUCUGCCCCUUCCCCCACUGCCGCAAGAGCUGCCCCAGCGCCAGCUCCCUGGAGAUCCACAUGCGCAGCCACAGCGGAGAGCGCCCCUUCGUGUGCCUCAUCUGCCUGUCGGCCUUCACCACCAAGGCCAACUGUGAACGCCACCUCAAGGUGCACACAGACACGCUGAGCGGUGUCUGUCACAGCUGUGGCUUCAUCUCCACCACAAGGGACAUCCUCUACAGCCACUUGGUGACCAACCACAUGGUGUGCCAGCCCGGCUCCAAGGGGGAGAUCUACUCGCCAGGGGCCGGCCACCCGGCGGCCAAGCUGCCGGCAGAUGCCCUGGCCGGCCUCCAGCCCCACGCGGCCCUUCAGCGCCCGCUGGCCACGCCGGACCUGGGCCUGACGCCCACCUCAUCGCCGGGAAAGGACAGGAAGGUCCAGGCCGAGGCCACCAACGGAGAGGCCAAAGCAGACCCCCAGAACGGGGGCGGCCACGAGCCCCCCGUGGCCCCCAGGACCAUCAAGGCUGAGGCGGCUGAGGAGCCGGAGUUAGCGCGCGCCCCGGGCCCCGGCGAGCCCGCACCCCAGGCCCCCUCGCGGACGCCAUCCCCACGCAGCCCGGCCCCGGCGCACGUGAAGGCCGAGCUGUCCAGCCCCACGCCGGGCUCCAGCCCGGUCCCCGGGGAGCUGGGCCUGGCCGGGGCGCUCUUCCUGCCGCAGUACGUGCUGGGGCCGGACGCGGGCGCCCCGCCAGGCUCCGCGGCGCCGCAGGCCUCGGAGAUCCUGGCCAAGAUGUCCGAACUGGUGCACGGGCGGCUGCAGGCGGGCGCGGCGGGGGCGCCGGCCCUGCUGGCGGGGGCGCCCAAGGGCGCCACGUGCUUCGAGUGCGACAUCACCUUCAACAACGUCAGCAACUUCCUGGUGCACAAGCGCCUCUACUGCUCCGGCCGCCGCGCGCCCGAGGACGCGCCCGCCGCGCGCAGGCCCAAGGCGCCUCCGGGCCCGCCCGCGGAGCCCGCCGCGGCGCGCUCCCCGCCCGGCCCCGGCCCCGGCCCCGGCGAGCGCGAGGACGAGGCGGGCGGCGCGGACACGACCGAGGCGGACACGGCCGGCCGGGGCAGCGAGGGCAGCCAGAGCCCGGGCAGCUCGGUGGACGACGCGGAGGACGACCCGAGCCGCACGCUGUGCGAGGCCUGCAACAUCCGCUUCAGCCGCCACGAGACGUACUCGGUGCACAAGCGCUACUACUGCGCCUCGCGCCACGACCCGCCUCCGCGCCGGCCGCCCGCGAGCCCCGCCGCGCCGCCCGCCCCGCCCGCGCGCACGCGCCGGCGCCGCAAGCUGCACGAGCUGCACGCCCCGGGCGCCCCGCCGCCCGCGCCCGACCCGGAGCGCCCGGCGUCGCCGCUGCCCGGAAGCGGCGGCCCCACGCCCGCCGCCGACGGCCCCAUCGACCUGAGCAAGAAGCCGCGGCGCCGGCCCCCGGACGCGCCGCCCGCCCCUGCGCCCGCGCCCGGCCUGUCCGCCCUGGCCGACUACCACGAGUGCACGGCCUGCCGCGUGAGCUUCCACAGCCUCGACGCCUACCUGGCGCACAAGCAGUACUCGUGCCCCGCGCCGCGGCCCGCGCCCGAGCCGCACGCCGUCGCCUGCCCCUACUGCCCCCCGAACGGCCUGGGCCGGGGCGACCUCAUCGAGCACUUCCGCCUGGCGCACGGGCUGCUGGUGGCCAAGCCCCCGGCCGGCCUGGGGGCCGAGGCUCGGACGCCGGCCGACCGCGGCCCCCCGGACGGCUCCGAGCCGCGGGAGCCGCCCCGCGCGGCCAGCGGCAGCCCGCGGCCCGCCGCGCCACAGUCGCCCGCCGCGCCGCCCGCCCCGGCCCCCGCCCCCGCCCCCGCCCCCGCGGACAAGGGCGCGGCGCCGCCGGUGCCCAGCGGCACCCCCAGGUACUGCCGCCUGUGCAACAUCAGGUUCAGCAGCCUGUCCACCUUCAUCGCGCACAAGAAGUACUACUGCGCCUCGCACGUGGCCGAGCACGUGAAGUGAGCCCGCGCCGCCCCGCCUGCUGCCCCCGCCGGCUCGGAGCUGCCUGGCUUCCCCUGGAGAAUAAACCGCUGCAGCCACGCCGCCGGCCACGCUGGGUCUCCUGGGCGGCGAGGAGGACAGCCACCCCGCGGGCCCCAGCCGGCUUCUCACUGUGCAUGGUUUGCAUGGAGGGUGAGGCCGCCGCCGUCCCGGCGUUCACCGCACGGCGCUCACGUGUGCAUCUGAGAGAAUAAAUUUCUAACGGUG